AUGACGGAACACGAACUUCCACGGCGUUCGUCGAGCACGCUCUCCCGCAUAGCUCAGAGGUUCUCAUUCUCCACCAAGACGUCACCCUCUCCGACACCGACCCAGACUAGAACGACUCUCUUUGAAAAGACCCGAGCCUCGAGCUCCAAUAGUCAAUCAAGCAAGUCCAGCAAAUCCAGCACCGAGCGAAGCCCAGUACGAAGCGGCGAGCUUAGGCGCCAGCAACGGGGGGAGAAGCUUCUUCGCCAAGAGGAAGAGAAGCGUGAACUUGAAGAACGUCGUCGAAUCGAACAUGAACAGGCCCGCAGUGCUGAGGACGAAGAGACUCGGGCACGCUAUGGCGAUGGUGACGAAGGAGACUACCCGACUGAACUCACAACCAUCGGCGAGGCAGUCAAGCUGGAUAUCGACACCAAAGUGACCUUCCGGGCGAGGAUCCACACCCAGCGGAAUAUCUCGAAACACCUCGACUUCAUUCUCUUCCGCGAUCAGACCGAUACGAUCCAAGGCGUAUUGGCACACACGACGCCCAACAUGGUAAAAUGGGUUCAGAGGCUGCACCCCGAAUCCAUUGUUCAGGUAUCUGGCACAUUGAAGAAGCCCGUACAGGAAGUCAAGUCUGCGCAUCACCACCAUGUUGAGGUAGACGUCUACUCCAUCCAUCUUCUAAACCCAGCCAAGGCACCUCCUUUCACCAAUUACCAACCACCAGAGAGCAUGAACUUCAGACUAAACAACCGUAUUCUCGACUUGAGACAUCCAAGCAACCAAGCACUGUUCCGUGUACGAGCCAUGAUCACACGCAAGUUCCGAGAAACACUAGACAACAGCGGCUUCAUAGAAAUCCAAACCCCUAAGCUACAGCCAGCAGCCACCGAGAGCGGUGCCGAGGUGUUCAAGCUGAACUACUUUGGGAGACGCGCAUUCUUGGCACAAAGCCCUCAGUUGGCAAAGCAAAUGGCCAUCUCUGCCGACUUUGGCAAGGUGUAUGAAGUUGGUCCCGUUUUCCGUGCGGAAAACUCCAACACACACCGCCAUCUGACCGAAUACACCGGGCUCGACAUCGAGAUGAAGAUCCACAAGCAUUAUCACGAGCUCAUCAGAGUCAUUGAUCAAGUACUCAAGAACAUCUUCACAGCCGUUCAGGCGAUGCCCGAACUAAAGAUCAUCCGUGAGCGGUUCCCGAGCGAAGACCUGGUCUGGUUGGACGAGACCCCCAUCGUCCCGUUUCCCGAAGGAUUGCAGAUGCUCCGUGAUGACGGCCGCGAUGUGGCCGAGGAAGACCUUUCCACACCGGAUGAGAUCCGACUGGGUGAACUGGUUAAGCAGAAGUACGGAACCGACUACUAUAUCCUGGACAAGUUCCCUGCGAAUGCUCGCCCAUUCUACACACAUAAGGCAGACGACCCGUUCUGGACCAACUCCUUCGACAUUUUCAUUCGAGGGCAAGAAAUUUGCACCGGAGGCCAACGUAUCAACGAUCCCACGGAGCUGCGCAAGAACAUGGCCGAUAAGGGUAUUUCAGAAGAGGAAAUGGCCGAGUAUCUGCAAGCUUUUGACCUUGGUGCACCCCCGCACGGUGGUGCCGGUCUUGGUCUGGAUCGUGUUGUGUUCCUUCUCCUGAACCUAGGAGAUGUACGAUACGGCACUCUCUUUUACCGCGACCCGAAGUCGUUGCCCCAGCGGUCGUUCACUCUGCCUCACCCAAAUGCCGACACCACCAAGGCCUGGGCAGGCAAAGAGAUGCCACGGCUGGAAGAACUCAUCGCCAACUACGGCGAUGCCAGCAACACUUCGUGGCUUGAUGAACGAUUCGAACUCUGGCGGCACAGCAGUGGUGCCGCGGUCGGCUACGUCAAGCGAGGCAAGUUUGCCAUGAUCACUGGAGACCCUCUCUGCGAUCGUGGUCAAUACGAGGAAGUGAUCCCAGCUUUUAUUGACUUUGUCAAAGAUGAGCUAAAGUUGACACCCGUAUGGAUGUUGGUCUCCAACAAAGUUCAUGAAAUCCUGGGACGCCGCAUCGGCUGGCGAACCAUGAGCUGCACCGUAGAGCAGCGGGCUGAUGCCGAUCAGCAUACUACGCCUGACGGCCGCGCCGCUCGCCGCGUCAAGAAGGAGGGCAUCAAGGUCCGCGAACUCAAGCCUGAUGAAGACUUCAUGCGGCGCGCCAAUCUAUCUAUCGAGGCAUGGAAGGAGAAGCGCAAGGGGAAGACGCAGGUGCAUCUCACGGAGAUCCGUCCCUGGAUCGACCAGGCUCACCGCCGCUACUUUGCCGCCGAAAAGGACGGCAAGGUCCUGUGCAUGGUCGUGCUUGCGCAGCUGGCACCUCGAUACGGAUGGCAGGUCAAGUGGGCGCUCGACUUCCCCGACGCCCCCAAUGGCACGAUUGAAGUUCUCGUCGAACAUGCUCUCUCGGCCAUCUCAGGCCCUGUCACUUUUGGCGCCGGCGUCAGCGAAAAGUUCAUCCCGGGUGAGCACCUGCACGGCGUCAGGGCCAAGUUCCUCAGCAAGACCUACGCCGGCAUCGUCAAGAGUCUGGGUCUCGGCAAGAAGGCCGAAUUCAGGGACAAGUUUGGAGUUUUGGGCGAGCAGGUCUAUCUCUGCUACCCGCGCCGCGGCGUAAGUCUCUUUGAUCUCAAGCAGGUCGUCAAAUUCUUCAUGGACGAAGAUGAGGCCAAGGUUUCAGCCAGUUGA